UACAAAACCCUUCAUUUCUUCACAAUCUCACAACCCAAAAAUGGCAGAGUCCCUCAAAUCGCUCAAGGCCACACUCUACAUCUUGUUCCUAGCCAUCACCCUUGGAUUUGCCGGCUCAGCUAGGAUCCUCGACGAGGUGCAACCCGAAGCAUCCAAUCCUCUUCCGACAACUGUCCCUACCACGAACCCUCUGCCAAGUGGCCAUAUCCCUAUCAUCACCCCCGCCACCACAACUGCUGAUGACAAUGUCGACGUUGCUGACGCACCAAUCCCUGAGACUGACGCCCCGCCAGAAGCUGACGUGGUGCCUCCUGUAGUCCCUCCUGUCACAACCAUCCCACAAGCUAACUCACCACUACCAGAGACACACGACGAACCUGCCAUAGUGCCAACACCGGUUGCUAAUGUGGCACCCGUAGCAACACCUGCCGUUCCAGUCACCACACCCGUGGCAGGUCCUGUCACCACAUCGCUAACCGGGCCCACCGCAACCACCGCGGCCGCCAGAAAGGAAACCCCGCAUUUGUCCUUUUUCAUGCACGACAUCCUAGGAGGAUCCCACCCAUCAGUCAGAGUGGUGACCGGCCUCAUCGCCAACACAGUCCUCAACCCCGCCGCAUUCUCCAAACCCAACAACAACAUCUUCCCCGUCAGCGGUGGAACCCCCCUAACCAACAACAACAUCAAUGGCUUCCUCAACAACAACAACAUCCCCAACAUCGCCGGUCUCAGUGGCCUGACCAACUCCCAAUCCAGCACGGUCAUCCAGAACAGCGGCAACAACAACAUCGUCAACGGCGGCAGCAACCAGCCCUUCGUCACUGCCGGCCAGCUCCCCAACGGAGCCACCCUCCAGAAGCUCAUGUUCGGCUCGGUGACCGUGAUCGACGACGACCUGACCGAAGGACACGAGCUCGGGUCUGCCGUGCUCGGCAAGGCACAGGGUUUUUACAUGGCUAGCUCGCUGGACGGGAACAGCCACACCAUGGCUUUUACUGUGUUGCUGCACGCAGGUGAACAUGAUGUGGAGGACACCAUUAGCCUCUUUGGGGUCCACCGUACAGCGUCUCCGGUGUCCCACAUUGCUGUGAUUGGUGGGACUGGGAAGUACGAGAAUGCGAACGGGUACGCCGCCAUAGAGAGCCUGCACCAGGUGGACCAGCACACGACUGAUGGGGUGGAUACCAUUAUGCAGAUCAGCGUUUACCUUUCUUAA